AUGCCGAGAAUUGAUCGAGACAUAGUACAACACAAGAUCCCCACAAACCCUAACAUGAGGCCAGUAAAACAAAAGAAGCGUCGGCUUAGGCCAGAAUGGGAAGAAAAGAUAGUUCAAGAGGUGAAAAAGCUCAUUGAGGCUUAUUUCAUUAAAGUAAUUGAGUAUCCUGAGUGGUUAGCCAACAUUGUGCCAGUCCCCAAGAAGGAUGGGCGAGUUCGGAUGUGUGUAGAUUAUAGGGACCUGAAUAAGGCUACUCCUAAGGAUGAUUUCCCAUUGCCUCACAUCGAUGUGCUUAUUGACAGUGCUGCUUGCAUGGCCAUGUACUCUUUCAUGGAUGGUUUUUCGGGAUAUAAUCAGAUCCUCAUGGAUUUGAUAGAUAAAGCAAAGACAGCUUUUAUCACUAAAUGGGGGACUUAUUGCAAGCUGUUAGGGCAUCUGAUUAGUAGAAAAGGGAUUGAGGUUGACCCAGAUAAGGUGAAGGCAAUCCAGGAGAUGCCAGCCCCGAGAACAGAAAAAGAGAUUAGAGGUUUCUUAGGAAAAUUACAGUACAUCAGUAGGUUCAUAGCUAGGCUCACAACUACCUGUGAACCAAUUUUUAAGCUACUAAGAAAGAAUCAGCCAGUGGUGUGGAAUGAGCAAUGUCAAGAGGCAUUUGAAAAGAUAAAGCAGUACCUGAGCAAUCCACCAAUUUUGUCACCACCCAUCCCUGACAUCCCUCUAAUCCUCUACCUAUCAGUGGAAAACAUGGCCCUGGGGGCAAUGUUGGCACAAGAAGUAGAGAAUCUGGAGAGAGCCAUCUAUUACAUUAGUAAGAAACUCCUUGCUUAUGAGGAGAAUUAUUCACUAAUAGAAAAAACCUUGUAUGAGACUCGAAAAACUAUCAAAGGGCGUGUAGUGGUCGAAUUUCUUUCUGAAAAUCCAGUUAAUGAAGAGGAAGAAGUCGAAACAGCCUUCCCGGAUGAGAGUCUCAAGCUAGUAGAGGUCCAGCCAUGGAAAAUGUACUUUGAUGGGGCCAUGAAUAAAAGCGGAGCCGGUAUAGGGGUAGUUUUGGAAGCACCGAAUGGAGAACAAUUGUUAAUGUCAAAAAGGCUAUGUUUCCCAACCACUAAUAAUAUUGCAGAAUAUGAGGCUUGCAUUUGUGGCCUAGAGGCAUUAAUAGCUGUUGGGGCUAAAAAAGUGGAGGUGUUUGGAGAUUCAAUGCUAGUAGUUUCCCAUAUUAAAGGUGAAUGGGAAUUGAAAGAAGAAAAGUUGAGGCCAUACCUGGAGUAUGCUAAGAAACUAUUAUUUAGCUUUGAGGAAGUGACAAUGAAGCACAUGCCUAGAGCUCAGAACCAGAUGGCUGAUGCUCUAGCCACGCUGGCAUCCUUAUGGGAGAAGGGUGAUCAGAAGUUGACCCAGCCAGUUAUCCUGAUGAGGAGUAGAAUCCCAUGCUAUGAAGGGUUAAUAAUAGCACAUUUAGAUCUAGAAGAUGAGAUGAAAUGGUAUGAGGACAUAAGAAGAUAUUUAGAGGUAAGAAAAUACCCACAGUCAGCCAAUAGUAGGGAUAGAGCUACAAUUCGUAGAUUAGCCACUCAGUUCACUUUGGCUGGGGGGCAACUCUACAAAAGGUUCUUCGAAGGACUAUUGCUCUUGUGUGUGACAAAAAAGCAGUCUGAGCAGAUAAUGGAGGAAGUACAUGCAGGAGUGUGUGGUCCUCACAUGAACGGAAGGGUAUUAGCGGGCAAAAUUUUAAGAUUGGGCUAUUACUGGUCUACCAUGGAUACCGACUGCGCUAAAUUUGUGAAAAGAUGCCAUGAGUGCCAAAUUCAUGGAAAUUUGAAUCACCUACCGUCCAGUGAACUCUACAGUAUGACUUCACCGUGGCCAUUCUCAAUAUGGGGCAUAGACAUUAUUGGGAAGAUUUCUCCCACGGCUUCUAAUGGCCAUAGAUUUAUCAUUGUGGCAAUUGACUAUUUCACCAAGUGGGUUGAAGCUGAAUCUUAUAAAGUAGUAGGGGCGAAGCAGAUAAGUAAGUUUGUGCGAAAGAACGUGAUUUGCGAGUUUGGGGUACCCCAUGAGAUAGUAUCGGAUAACGGCAGUUCAAAGGUGAUUUCUUAG